UUGGUCGGGAAGGUUAAUAAAUGCCUGAGUGUCCUGCUGUCUAUGCGUAAAGACUGCGCCAUCUAGAUCACCGCCUUGCAAGAGUUCCUUAUGGAAUAAUUACGAUUGAGGUGGCUGCUGUCUCACCAUUAGAAGCUUUCAAUUUUAGUCACGGCUUCUUUCUCUGAAUUGAUAUAAUGGAGUACGUUAUGCCGUGCGUGAGACCUUUACUGAAUAAGCCUUUCGCAGAAAUGAUAGGUGUGGUUUCUCAAGCAAUAAACACGAUCUUUGGCGUUAGCAGUGUAAGCAUUAAAUAUUCUGUUUCACAAAGAAUAUCCUAUCCUUUAUAAGAACUUUGCGAAAACAUACACAUAAUAAUGAAUAAAUGCAGCUGUCUCCCAGCAUGCAGUAUAAGGUAUAUGAGUAUAUCGGACGACGCGUUGGGCUUAGCUGCGAAAAGUGCGCUUUGGCGUUAUCUCCUUGUGAUUAAAAGAUUUGUAGCCAGCUUCCCAUACAUGUCAACAGGCGGAAAUCUCUGAAGGUACUCUAUAUUUCAAUGAUAGUUUACGUAGGUCUGACGACAUUACCUUUAAUUUGUUUUAUUUUCAGGUUAGCCAAUUUUACAGCUGCACAGGAAACGAACACAGUUGUCGGAAACCUGCUGUGAGCAUGCAGGAGUCAAUGGUGAGCGCCUGUGACUAAAUGCGACCACUGCAACGGAAAGGGAUAUAAAAUUUAUGACGACAAGAAACAUCGGUAGUAAUCAGCAUUCUCAAUACACUUCUCAGGUUAAAGUGGUUCGCAAAAAAAAAAAAAAAGAACGGGCAAAUUGCGUUUCUUGACAUAUUUGCGAAGUCGGCUGGCCGAAAACAAACUCCUGACACCCAUGGUUAGUGCCUUCAUGCCGACACGCCUAGCAAAUGUUCCUUCGGAACUGGCCUUGUUAUGAAGUCAAUUAACUUAUAUAGGCAAGCUGAUGCUGCCGACAGUGGUGCUAUCGACGAUUGCAAGUGGCAGUGAUGAUGACGAUGAUGAUGAUGAUGAUGUUGUUGUUGUUGACAAGUGCGCGCUUCUCAUAAAUGUCUGCUUGUUCCACGCAGGAAGUAUUCUUUGGCCAUGGGCGUCGGCGAGCUCCUCUCCUGGACUAGCGACCUCAGCAGCCAUGCCCGCCCCAAUGCAAGGCCCUCCCCGAGCUUGCCUUCAGUGCGUCACGUCGCGUCCCAUCACGUGACUGACAUCCAGUGACCGCGGCUGUCUGCCUUCUUUUCGAGAGCGUACUUUCCAUACUCAAGACCAUUUCGACGGUUCGUGAACGCAGUCCUUCGUAAUGACCAGAGAGCGCCGGGCUUCUGCAACACUGGUACUGACCGCCUGCUUGCUGCCCUGGUGUUGCCUCAGUGUACAAGGCUCUCGCACCGAGCGGGUGUUCGCCCAGCUGAAGGCAUUGCGCGAGUGUGAGCAGCGGGCGUUCUUCGACGCUGGAGACAACGAUACCGCUGGAUGUGACUGGAGGUUCGACGGUUGGCAGUGCUGGCCACCGACACCGCGCGGAGUCACGGCUAAGGCGCCAUGUCCUACGCUCCUGCCUGGCAACGUGAAUGCUUCGGCUACGGCGUCAUACCACUGUCUUAUGAGGGGCUCCUGGCAAGAUGAGAUGGGUAACUACAGUACCUGUACAACAUCACCGUACUUCGACCCCGAAUUGAAGCUUCUGCUUGACAUUGCCGAGGAGAUAGGGGAGUACGUUCCCUGGGAGCAGAGCUCUCCGAGAGGGGAGAACUGGAUGUGGCAAGAGAAGAUCGACCACUUCAAGCACUGCCUUGAGCACGUACUCCUCAAGCCAUUUCCUGAACUCGGGGCAAACGAGUCUCUGUGUCCCCGAACUUGGGAUGGCUGGAACUGCUGGGACGACACGCCACCUGGACAGACGGUGUUCGCGCCAUGUCCACAAUUUGUGGCCGGCUUUUUGUCGACUAGACAAGCACAUAAAUUAUGCACGUCAAACGGCACGUGGUUCCGGCACCCCGUAACCGGUCACAUCUGGUCCAACUACACCGCCUGCGUAGACACUCAUGACCUUCAGUUCCGAAACUUGGUCAAUUCCCUGUACGUCACGGGAUACUCCAUAUCUCUGGUCGCUCUACUCUUGUCACUCUUCAUAUUUUGUUACUUUAGAUCUCUUCGCUGUAGGAGGAUCACUAUUCACAAGAAUUUGUUCACUUCGUUCAUCAUCAAUAAUCUAUGUUGGAUCCUGUGGUACAUUCACGUCAUCGCGCAGCCACAAGUGAUAGAAGAGAGUCCGAGCUGGUGCCAGGCUCUGCACGUCGUGACGCAGUACUUCCUCUUGUGCAAUUACCUCUGGAUGUUCUGCGAGGGUCUUUACUUGCACACGCUACUUGUCAUGGCGUUCAUCGCCGAGGACAAGAUUCUCAAGUGGUUCCUGCUCAUCGGAUGGGGUUUUCCUUUGCUUCCAACCAUAGGUUAUGCUGUCAUGCGUGGCUUAGAUCCUGAGGCAUCAAGAAUGUGCUGGGUCGAGCAUGACGUCUGGUACACUUAUAUCCUGAGCGUUCCUGUGUGCUUCUCGAUACUGAUGAGCUUCGCAUUUCUCGUCAACAUCGUAAGGGUUCUUGUCACGAAGCUUCGGGCUGUCAAUUCCCCUGACAACGAGAGCACAAGGAAAGCCGUGCGGGCUACCGUGAUAUUGCUUCCUCUCCUGGGCUUGCACUACGUGGUGACUCCCUUCAGGCCCGACAAGGGAUCCAUCUUUCUUGCAUAUGAGAUAAUCUCAGCGCUGGUCACUUCAUUACAGGGUCUUUGUGUUGCUCUCCUGUUUUGCUUCUUCAAUGGAGAGGUUCUAGGCGUCCUUCGGAAGACACUCUCGCAGACACCGUGUUUCAGAAAUGACAGCCGACGGAUGUCUUACGCAAAUACCAGCAUCAGCUUUCUUCCAAGACGUUCCUCUGACGGCAGAAGUCCGUCUGUGUCGCCCAACCAUCAGCAGACCAUGCUGUGAAAGGAGGCAAGCGGGAGUUUGUGUGUAAAAAGACUGGACAGCUCAUUUCUUCGCCAUUUGAACGUCAAAUAUUCCUGGGGGACAAUUUCGCCGAACAACAAACACGCACACGCACGGACGAUGCCAAGUUUUCCGUUACACGGCCAGGCACUCGUCCCCAACUGUGCUUGCAAGAAACUCCACUCUCCUUACGAAUGUCGCGAUGUGCAUAUCAACGGACCGACCGUCGCUGUCCACUGUAACAUGGUGGCAGCCCAUCGGACAUCAGAUCACAAAUGUUUUCAUUUUUUUUUAUUAUUUUGUCAAUGAUGUCGAUUGCUUAUACCUACCCGAGUUUUUUGUUGUUGUUACUUUGCGACGAAUGUGUCGACCAAACGAUUCUGCCGUUAACACGAGAAAAGCGCUCAUGAGUGCCAACUGUGACUGAAAUGUACGAAGAGAUGCGCGUGAAGUGAACUUUUUGAGAGACGAAAGUCGCUGGUCAAGUUUCUUUCUUAAAUCGGUGUCAAAAUACGGAAGUCACCUGGAGAAGGGAGUGGCCUCAUUUACGAGCGUCGAAAUAAAUUCAUAAAGGUGAGUAAGUA